AAGUUCGACGUUUGUUCUAUCAGUGGCAAACAGCACAUUGCUGAGCACGGAUGGUUCUUUUACACUCUCUGAAACGCCAAUCCAACUGAGAUAAUAGUCUCUCCAACUCUCUGUGUGUAUGUGCUUCUUUUUUUUUGGAAUUUCUUUUGCUCGUGUGUGGUAAGGUUUGCGUUGCGAAAACAAGACGUUAAAUAUUUUAUUAAAAAGUGCACAUUUGGCAAACAGUUGUUGCCCGUUAUUUUCGUUUUCGCGAGAAUUAGUUUUCUUCUUCGCUGGAAUUUGUGCAAAAGAUGUUUUUUGUUUGCCAGUAGUAAUUCAAAUAAAAUGCAUCACAUGUAAUGCACUUGACGAGUUACAAACGGAUUUUUUGAACAAACCUUUCAAGUGAUUUUAAAAUAAAUAAACUAAUUCCGGUUAAGUGAAAAUUGUGCAACGGCAAAAAGAAAAUUAAUCGCUGUGUAAAACGAAGUAGUGAAUAAACUUUUCCAUUUUUCCAAGUGAAACCACCAAUAAAUGUACGUUCGAAAAGUAUGUAACGCGUUGAAAGUACCGUAAGACACAUAAACACACGAAAUGGAAACGAAAAAAAUAUUUGCAAUUUAACUAAAAUAUUUCUUCAGUUCAAUUGAAAAAUUGCAGGCAUCAUAUAACGUUAAUGGAUGAAAAUGUUUCGAUGGCAAAGGUGAUUAAAUCGUGAAAAAAAUGUGUUGUAGAAAAGACGUGUGCGGACAAAAGUCGAAUAAAAACAAUUGAAAAUAUGAAGUGACUAGAAGUCAGUGUGUUAGCAUCCAAUUUAUUUUUCUUCAAUGAAACCAAAACGGUUAUAAAAUUGUGAAUUGACUGUAGUGCAAAAGUCAACGGUGGUGUCGUGUGUACGACGGGUCGAGAUCGGUGCCCGUCGUGUGUGUUCACAUCGAAAUGUCGCAAAUGGAGACGAGUGACGGUGAAAUGGUCGUUGAUAACGACGAAUCGGUGAAUGUGAUCCAAACGAAUCGUUGUAUGCAUUUAACGCUUCGCAUUCUAUUCUCGACACCGGGCUUGUGCGUCUUAGUUGUGCUGUACUCAUUGAUGGGGGCUGCAAUAUUCCCAUUCUUCGAAGCGCCUGAACUCCACAACAAACUGGCUGUCAUCAAAAGUCGCGAAGAAUGCUUACGCGAACUAUGGACGAUUACCGAGCGUUUAAAUGUGUUGUAUGAACGGAAUUGGACAAUGCUGGUGCACGAACAAUUGCGUCGUUUUGAAGGCAGCAUUAUUAAAGCAACAAAGAGCGGACUCAACGAAGCGAUGGGCGAACGUUUACCACGAUGGACAUUUACUGAAGCACUACUAUACUCUAUAACACUAAUCACGACAAUCGGCUACGGAAGUUUAACACCGAAAACGGUUGAAGGGAAAAUUGUAACGAUGUGCUAUGCAUUGAUCGGAGUACCAUUGAUGCUGAUGUGCUUAUCGAAUUUGGGCCGUGUUUUAGCCGAAUCAGUGCGUCAAACAUAUGCUCGGCUUUGCAUUCGACAAUCAGAACAUCAUAAAUGCCCCACCGAAGACAUUGACGAUCAGGACACAUACCAUGGUCACACGUAUCAAUCGGCUGAGGAGAAAAAUGAGGCUCAAGACUGUCAUUUGUGUCAGUACAAUGACAUCUCAAAGGAAUCACCCAUGUACAGAGCUAACGAUCGAAAUGGUCCAUAUCAUCUGAUAACUUCAUCACCAACAAAAUCAAUUUUAACAAAUUCCCAACAUUCGUCGCCACAACGACUGGCCGUCGGACCGGAUCAUCCAUUGAAUCAGCCGCAUAAAAAGCUACCACCAAUGGUUGCACCGUCUAAAGGUUAUGUGAUGUUACCGUUACGAACAAUAAACGAUUCACCAAAUCAUCAACUCAUUCAAAUACAGCAUUCAAAUCUUGACAACUAUUGCCUAAGUCGACUUCAAUAUCAUUUCCAACCGGUUGCAUCGGGACCGCAUGCAAUUUUCAUGCAAAAAGAUGCGAAUGGUGAGCAUUAUUUAACCACAACGACAACACAACCAAAUCCAUUGUAUGUACCACCACCGAAUCCGUGCCAAUCAGCAAUUCCAGCGGGCCAACAACAGCAACAUCAACAGCAACAGCAACAGCAACAGCAACAGUUUCACCUGCUUCGUUUGCAAAGCAACCAGCCAAAUUCACAAAACAAUGAGCUGCGCACCGAAAACCAAACAAUGCAUAUCAAACAACUUCACACAGCCACCGUUCAUGGACUGGGCCGAAGCAAAUUUUUGCCAAAGCCAUUACCUCAAGAAAUAAAUAUGCUGCUCUCGGAAUGUGACAUCGGUUGUUAUCCAGACGCUAGUGAAAAAUCAUCACCGCCAACAGCAUCAAUUACAACAACAAACGACGUUGCAAAAUCUGACAGCCCACUACCCACAGCUGUUGUCGGUUGUGUCGAUAGCCGUAAUGCAAAUAAUUUAGACACAUCAUUAGAAGACGAUGAUGACGAUGAUAACCGAAUCGGUUGCGCUCAUGGGACACCGUCUAGGAUACCAUUAAUUGCCUUGAAUCAACGGACAAAGUGCAGAGAGUUUUGCGAUGAAAAAUCUCGAGAUAACAUUGAUCCGUACGAUGGAAGAGUCGAUACAGCCGCCCACCACGAUGCAUAUUCAACCGCAAUGGACGUUGAACCCAACGCUGUUGACGAUCUGCAGUGCGAAGAAACGCAAGUGCCAAUCAUAGUUAUCGUAUCGAUAUUGACCAUUUAUAUUUGUAUUGGCACCGCAAUAUUUUCAAUAUGGGAAAAUUGGAGCUUUAUCGAUGCCGGCUACUUCUGUUUUGUCACGCUGUCAACCAUCGGUUUUGCAGAUUUAGUGCCGCGCAAAACAUUUCAAGGACCCGAUUUACAAUUAUUUGCCUGCUGUACAUACCUAAUUGUCGGUUUGAUUUUGGUCACCAUGUCAUUUACACUGCUCGAAUCACAGCUGAUGUGGCGUUGCAAACGCAUGGCAAUGCGACUCAAACGCAGAGAAAACUAGACGAUCACUAAGCGGUAAUAGUCACGGCAACGUGUGGCAAUAAACAAUUUAAGCCUAAAAUUUAGUUAGGAAACCAAGAUCAUCAUCUGAAUGAGAUUAGUAUCGAUAGUUCAGUCGAUUUGUUGGAAUGCUACUUGGAAUACAUGUGUGAAAAUGUGUUGGACGCUAAAAUUAAAUUUUAACAUAUUUUUCUGAUCUUAAGCUUCAACGCUUUUCCAUGGGCCGAAAAGCAUAUAAAACCAUAUUUAAUACGCAAUGAACAGGUUUCCUGGGAAUUUACUGUAAAUUGACAUCAAUUUAUAACACACCUAUCACUAAUUUGCAUUAUUAUUUGGGUUUUUUCUUUUGAUUUCAUUUGAUUUUCGUUGAAUUUAAACUUAACGAUUGGUGAAAUGUAGCUGGAAAAAUGUGUGAGUUUCUUCAAUGUGGUGGUGUUGAAGAAGACGUGCAAAACAAGCAAGUUGAGAUGAUUUGCUAGGGAAUUUAUCGCGUCUCAUUUGCCAAUCAUGGGACAACAUUGAAAGCAUUGAUUUUGAAGCGCUAAAAAUAUUUUUUAGAAUGACAUUUUUUCUCAAUUUUUUUUUUCGGUUCAUCAACUCAUUUUCUAUCAAGCGUUUCCUAACACAAAAUGUUCGAAUUUUUGUUAAAAUCCUAAACCUUCUAGAUUAUUGCUUCGAAAUUCACAAUUUAUAUCAUUAAAAACACCGAGAGACAAAUUAAUUUCUGUUCAAUGUCAAAAAGAAGAAAUUGUUUUUGCUGUAUUCUUAUUUUUCAUCAUUUCUUUUCGUUUUUUUUUUAAGUGAAAAGAAAAACAUUGACAAUCGAUUAAUUUGCGUUAUUUCGUUACAUUUCACUUUAAGUGAAUGAAAUUUGUUGGUGUAAUUCGUUGAAUUAAUCAAUAAAUACAAAUAAAAAACGAUCGAAUGAGGCUGGUUUCGAAAUUCAAACGAGCAAUUAAAAUAAACAAUGUGUAGUUUAUAAAAUGCAUAAUGAAAAAAAAUGGACAAUUUCAAUACAGAUUGAUAAUAAAGGUCCCAUUGUCAAAAUUAGUGUAAAA